CGUUCAGGAGUCCAUUAUGUGGAUCCAUUGUCACCGACAUACAGGCGGCUACUGUGAGUAGCCUACGCCUCAGCCGUAGCUAAAGGACCAAAUUACAGACUCGCAUCACAAUCACGCGCAGCAUUUUGAGGAUUAACUGAUUCAACCUUCAAGACAACAACGCAAAAUCUUAAACGAGCAGAGAGAUCCGAAAAAUGUCACCCAUACUGCUGAUGUUAUUGUUACAUCGUAUCACAGCAAAUAACGAGGUACAGAUCACGAAUGAUGUGGUGGGCCCAGGUCAGCCACUGAUGGAGCCACAGAUUGCCAUGUUCUGUGGACGGCCACUCUUACACAUGAACCAGGCAAAUGGCCAGUGGGAACCUGACCCUCAGGGUCGUCAAGAAUGCUUCACUGACUAUAGUCAGAUCCUGUCCUACUGCCAGGAGAUGUAUCCCAACUUGCAUAUUACUAAUGUGGAAGAGUCCUCUAAUCCAGUCACAAUUCCAUUCUGGUGCCAGAAAGGCUUGGGUCACUGCCAGACUCGUUCCAUCAUUCCUUAUCACUGUCGAGGGGGUGGAUAUGUGAGUGAGGCACUACUUGUUCCUGACCGCUGCCGCUUUCUGCACCAAGAGCAGAUAGACAUGUGCAAGAGCUACAUGCACUGGCACAAUGUUGCUAAGGAGACAUGCACAGAAGAUAGUUUGGAGCUUCAUAGUUAUGGGAUGCUGAUACCAUGCGGCAAUAAUUUCAGGGGGGUGGAAUUUGUUUGCUGCCCAGGCAGAGCAGGAAUCAAUGGACAAGAGCGAGGAAAUGUGGAUGGUGUGUUUAAACGCAUGAGCCUGACCCAAACCAGCCAUAGCCAAACAACCCUGAGUCCAAUGACAAACAGUCAUGAAAAUGAAGAGAAUGAAGAGUCUGAUGAUGGUCAGAAAGAACUAUGGAAGAAAGAGGAAGGGGCAGAUACUGCUGAAGAAAAUGUGGUUACAAUUUCCAAAGAGGCCAUUGAAGAUGAAUACUCUGGUCCCAGUCAGACCUCUGAUUACCUUGACAACUUUUACCAUAAGAAGGUGACUCAAGUCAGUGUCACACCACUUCCCCAGACACAAGAAAAUGUGUCACCCACUCUGCAAUCAGCGGAUGGAGUAGAUGUUUACUUUGAGAUGCCUGGAGAUGACAGUGAGCAUGCCAAUUUUCUCUCUGCCAAAAUGGAUCUGGAGGAGCGUCGUAUGAAGAGUAUAAAUGAGAUAAUGAAGGAGUGGGCAGAUGCAGAUAGCCAAUCCAAACACUUGCCUAAGUCUGAACGUCAAGCUUUGAAUGAGCACUUCCAGUCUGUCCUGCAGACUUUAGAGGAACAGGUGGCCGGUGAGCGCCAGAGGCUUGUUGAGACCCAUUUGGUUCGUGUUGUAGCCAGUCUCAAUAACAAUCGGCGUUUGGCCCUCGAGAACUACGUCGCCGCAGUGCAAAGUGAAAACCCCCAGCCAGAGAGUGUGCUACAAGCUUUGAAACACUACAUGGCAGCAGAACAAAAAGAUCGGAAACAUACACUGAGGCACUACCAGCAUAUUGAAGUUGUUGAUCCACAGAGAGCAGAACAGAUGAAGUUCCAGGUCUACACCCACUUGCAUGUAAUUGAGGAGCGAGUUAACCAAAGCCUGGCUCUGCUUUACAAAGUUCCUGCUUUGGCCGAGGAGCUUCAUCAAGAAAUUGAGAAAUUACUAAAGAGUGAACAGGAAGACAUCACCCAGCUUAUGACUGUUUCCUUCUCUGGAACCCGUACCACAGAGGAGGUGCUAACAGCUGAGACUGAAGAAGAGAAUGAUAAAGAGGAGGAACAUGCAUUUCAGAGCCGCCCAUAUCCCACAAAAUUUGUUUCUGGAACUGAAGAGUAUGACUACCCUUUAUCUGAGAGGGGAGCCUCAGAUGAAGAUGAUGAGAAGAUAAACACCUCUGUUGAAGUGAAGCAAGUGUUGUACAAAUCUUUUGGGAUCCAGAGGGAUGAGCUGCAACCUGAUGCACUGGAGACAUUUAACCGUGGAGCUAUGGUGGGACUGCUGGUGAUUGCUGUAGCCAUUGCUAUGGUCAUGGUUAUUAGCCUUUUGCUAGUGCGCCGAAAGCCCUAUGGUACAAUCAGCCAUGGUAUUAUAGAGGUUGACCCCAUGCUCACCCCAGAGGAAAGGCAACUUGACAAGAUGCAAAACCAUGGCUAUGAAAAUCCCACCUACAAAUUCUUUGAACAAAUUAACUGAUUACUCAGUUACUCAGUACAUUGUCGUCCCCCCACCCCCGCCCGAUAUAAAUCAUUGGUCAUUGGUCAGUUCCAGUGACGAUUUAAACAUCACGUGAUUAUUUUGUUUUUUUAAAUCUUCCAUUUAACUGUUUGCUUAAUUUAUAUUGUACUAUAUGGAAAUUUAUAUAUCGACUGAUAUAUUGAUAUAUUAACUGAUAUUUGCAAAGAUUCAGUUAAAGCAAUGAUAUUCCUGAGUAAAAUAUCUAAAAGUAUGCACCUACUAAGCUGAGGGCAAAUACUAUGGGCAAAAAAAGUUGGCAAGUUGAACAUCUGCCUUUUCAAAAUUGCAAUACAGGUGCUUUGUUGAAAUGUUUAUGUAUGAUAUUUAGCAGCAUUAGUGUAUAGUGUAACAACUCAUUACAACUACAACUACUGAUACUACUACUACUACUAAUAAUAAUAAUAAUAAUAAUAAUAAUAAUAAUAAUAAAUUGCAGUUAUGCAAAUGAGCAAAUACUGCUCUAAACAUUAACCAUGAUGGCGCACACAGAGUUCAGUAGAUGGUAUUUGUACCAUUUAUUAUUUGCAGAUAAAUGUAAUAUUGUUUGGCUUUUUAUGCUUCAAUUUUCUUUUUAAUAAGUUGCCGAGAAAUAGACACUGUAAAAAACCACUACUGUAACCCCAAAACGUGUAUGAAAUUAUCCAACUGUGAGCCAACUAACAAAGCAAGUUAGCAAGCUAACUACCCUCCACUGCCAGCUAACAGCGGUGACUGGAUGUUGACCCGUCAAUCUCACUUCAAUGCAUCCACCCCUCCGAACAUCGGGAAAACCCACUGGCAAGCGUUGGAAGCGUGUAAACGCACUGUCAGUCCUUUGAACUGUUAACACUCAAGGCAGGGCAAGAAUUGUAAUUGAAAAUGCAUCAGCACAUGAUUUUGUGAUCAUAAAUGUGUGACUUUCAGCAAAGUCUGUACUUUUGUGACAUUCAACAAAGUCUGUAAGCAACUGACAGGGUAUGAAUGAAACUAUUUGAUAAAGCAGCAGAAGGUUUUAAAAAGUUAUCGUAAGCAUUACCUUUUACAUUAGAAUUGUGUGUCUGCUGAGCUGAAAAGUAAAGCAUACCCCUCAUGAUUCAAAGGACCUACAGGGAGGUUUAGCUGACAUAGGUGUGGUGGUAUACCAUCCUACUGUGGAGUGUUUCUUGCAGAAACAAUAGCUACCUGGGGGGAUCAGAGGAAACUUUACCAGUGACCUAAACAUGUAAUCAAGUAAAUGUAUGCAUUGAAUAUCAGAAGUAUGUAAAGCAACAUAAUAGACAAGCCACUGACAUUUGUUUAAGUGCAGUGAACAAAUUAUGUUGUUUAGCCACAAUCACUCAAAAUACAGUAUGUGUGAAGAGAAAAGGAACAGCAUUUCCCCUUUCCAGAUGUCUGUCAGGCAGGUAGAUCUGUGCUGCUUUGAAAUUGGAAUAUACUAUGGUUUGGUUGAAUACUCUGUUAUAUGUUCUUAGGAAUGCAAUUUUAUUUUAUUUUAUUUGAAUACCUAUAUUCAGACUUUUUGAUUGUAGCCUGUUAUACUUGCAUAUUAAUAUGCCAAUCCCUGGGCUUGGUUUGAAAUGGACCUCAGGCCUACCUCCUUUGAUGGUCAUUGGCUGCUCUUGCCUUGUGGUGAUCAGUGUCAGUAAUGGAUUAUGCCCAGUAAGUUUAGGCUACCCUCAUGUUGCCAGCACUAGAUAUGAUCUACCUGCUCUCCAGCCCAAUUUCAGAUACCAUAUGCAACAUAGUACUUAUCAGGCAGUGAUUAAUGUUUUGGAAAUACCUUACUGAUGUGUGAAAGCACGAGUCCCA